CGCCAGUGUUCACUGCCACCUCUUCUGCAGGAAGCAUACAAAAACCUCUCAGAAGGCGCUGAUUCUGAGUCAAACAGAAAAUCUGACAUCUCUUAUGGCAUUUGUGCAGCCAUCAACGUUUUGGCAGACAGUUUGGCUUAUCUGGUGGGACUUAUGGAAAUUUUCCCGAACUGAUCCUUUCAUAAUUUCUUGUGUGGUGUCUUGACGUCACGCACAAGAAACAUGGAAGCUGCUUUGAUACCGUUGCACAAACAUGUACGCUGAAUGUCAUCGGGAACUGCUCGGCAAAUCCGACUUCUGUCUCUCAACCGUCUACUCGAGUGCGGUGAAAAACAUUCGAGUGCUUGACUGUUAUUUCCUCGCCGCGAUCUCAGAGUAUUCGGCGUUCGGCCUCCUCCGGCCCCUUUCAUUUUCAGGCGUACCUUAUUCUUAUUUUAAGCUCAUGUCACUGUCUGCGAUAGAUAAGGAAAUGGUAGGAAAUGGGAUGGAAUAAAUUGUGAAAUGAAGGAAGUAUUGAGGUGUCAUCAGGCUGACGGAAUGGGGUGAUGUGUGCCCAGCGAUGCAAAUAGCUCCUCACCAAACUUUGCCUCGAAGAGAAUUAAAAAAAAAAGAAGAAACGCCCAGCGAGCGAGAGCAUACUUUGUGGGCCGAAUGAGAGUGGCUAGAACAUUAUUUUUCUCCUCCAGAAACCCAUGGCCAGUGGCCGCGUUCUCUCCGGACUGCUGAGCCACCUCGUUCAUUGAAGGCUAUGGGGACAUGGCUUGUGGUUGGAGAUUCUCGCUGCUGCGAAGAAGUAUAGAUACCGAGAUGUGAAAUCAAUAUUUUUCGAGCAUUGUACGAUUCUCGCGUACUAGGGGAGAUUGUCAAAAUAUGAUUAAUAAGGCAGAUUAGUGGGUGAUGCCGGUAAGCAGAAUCUAGUCGCGUGCUGACGGAAGUGGAUUUGGUUUUUGGUUUUCUCGGCAGAUGUGGACAGGAGUUUAAUCAGCAUGUGGGUGGCCGAUGAGAAGCCCCCCGACGUGCUUGAAGUACCUCGAAAUGCUUGCCCUUGGACGUAUGCUAGAACUCUCACGUAAUACAAUAAUAAUGUACAGGAAGGUUGAUCUUGCAAAACGAUGCUCCAGCUUCCGAUUGCUGUUUUUCUAUGGGUUCAGAUCAGGUGCAAAGUCAAAGUCUUGAAGUUCAUGCUGAAUUUUCAAUAAGAUUUGGUCGCCGCAUUAUCAAGGCCGGUUUCUUUGGCUGGUGAUAUGGCAACAGCGUCAGCACCGAGUCAGCGAGUAAGCUCAGGGAGUGUGUCCAAACUGAACCAGAGAUUCUGACCCCAUGUGAAGAAUGUUCUCCCAUCCUCUGCCUCACCAUUGCUGGACUGCAGUCGUUCGAUUCAGGCAGUGAACGGGAGCUUCAGCCAUACUUCCCACAAUUGAGUUCACUGAUUAGAUCGCCGGAGAAUCUGCUGCGAUCAUUCGGCACAGGACUGUGCUUUUACCACCGGAUGAGACUGGCAUGGAGUUUAAGCUCGGUGCAUUUGACGAGUCCCUUGCGUUGUGACCUAGAGGACUUUGCUCGGAUUCAAGGCUGCAAACUUCGUUUGUGGGCUCAGAUUACGAAGAAACAAAAGUUUCGCAGGGGCAGGACGAGCAGCAGGCGAUCGGUGCAGGCCUGGCGCACUUUGUCUGUGAGUGGAAUCGUCUCUGUUGGAAGAGAUUGUUAAGCAGCGUGCCUGCCUUGCGAGAGGUACUGAAUUGGUCGGUGUUAUUAGUUGGGACGAUGCGCAUGACCUGUGGGAAAUAGUGCAGUGAAGAAUUGAGUGGGUGGCGGGCUGCACAACGCAAGAUGACAAACAUGGCGGGUAUCAGAAUUAUAGGAGUUGUGGGAGCCGGACAGAUGGGGGCUGGUAUAGCUCAAGUAGUAGCAGCUGCUAAAUAUCAGGCGGUGCUGGCGGAUGUGGACAAUUCAGCCCUGAGCCGGGGCAUGAAGUCUAUAUCUUCGUCCCUUGCUCGAUUCGUCUCCAAAGGUUCUCUCUCUCAGGAAGAGUCAGAUGCGACUCUGGGCCGUAUCAAGACCACUGUGUCUUUGAGUGAAUUGCGAGAUGCAGACUUGGUUAUUGAGGCCGUGUCAGAGAGCGAGGAUUUGAAGAAACGAAUCUUCUCUGAGCUGGAUCGAGUCGUGAAGCCCUCGGCCAUUCUUGCGUCCAACACUAGCUCCAUCUCUAUCACACGCAUCGCCUCUUUUACACAGAGGCCUCAGCAGGUGGUGGGCAUGCAUUUUAUGAAUCCGCCUCCUCUCAUGAAACUUGUCGAGCUUAUCCGGGGUUUGCAAACAGACGAAGCUGUUUACAACACAGUUCGUGAGCUUGCCCAAAGACUUGGAAAGACAGUGACUUGUUCGCGGGACUAUCCAGGAUUUGUGGUCAACCGAAUUUUGAUGCCGAUGAUCAACGAGGCCUUCAUAGCUCUUCAGGAAGGUGUUGCUACCGCUGAAGAUAUCGAUAUGGGCAUGAAAUUGGGCACAAAUCAACCCAUGGGUCCGUUGGCUUUGGCCGAUUUUAUAGGCUUGGACACGUGCUUGGCUAUAAUGCGAGUUCUGCAUCAUGGUCUUGGAGACUCCAAGUACAGGCCGUCUCCUCUACUUGUUCAGUACGUCGAUGCAGGUUGGCUCGGACGGAAGACUGGGCGUGGAGUCUACAACUACAAGUCUGCUCUCUGAUCUCCAAGAUCCGGACCCCACUGGGUGCUUUGCUCUGCUCUCCUCCUCCUCUCCUCUCCACUCGUGAAGAGACCACACAUUUUUUGCCCUCGAAGGCGAUAGUUCAGAGGCUUGUCGAUCUCUUCUUCUAAAGUUUCCUUGUGACCGCUGUAGAAGUUUUGUAAAUACUCCCACGCUGCUGCGCAGCUGCAUCAGAACGAUUGGGAAUUAGUGUGGGCCACGGUCAUUGUUCUAUAGCCACACUCGUUUUCUUUCUGCUUGUUUCUCACAUACAAAUGAUGAACUUCUGUUACAGCCCAAUGCCUGAUGCUGCCGGGUUUGGAUUUCAGACACCUUGUUCUCUACCCUCUUAGACAUCAUUGACAGUCAUGUGACCAAGUUUGCUGGGAUGCUUAUCCUGGACCAAUUUUCAAAGCCUGUGAAACAUCCUCCCGGUCCAAUGCAACAAGCAGCUUCAAUCUUGAAGCUCUGGGUGAAUAAAUGACAGUGUA